AUGAACGACUGUGUCCAUCAAUCUUCACAGUGCAAAUUUCUACGCAACGACGAGUUGCGCGGUAUCGUCCAGCGUACCAACCCGUCCGAGGGAUCGCCCUUCUUCAGCCACAGUGGUCGUGAAAUGGAAACGGACGCACGUUACUACGAUGCCCCUACUAUUCCGUUUGCUACGUACGAUGAGAAGACGUCGUUCUAUUUCCCCAACAUCUCAGAGGGGAAGCGUGACAUACGUCCAGCAGGUGGUCCAUCGAGUCAAACAUCAUGUACUGCCCGUCGACCGGUGAAGGACUCGGGUGUUGCGACCACCAGUGCCGUUUUUCUUCUUCCCGAGAAGCAGCGACUACGCGAGCUCCGUCGCACAAGGCAGAUUCGAUACAGGAAGAAAAAAGAGCAGUACAUCCUGAAUCUAGAAGAGCAGACGCGAAAGCUACGCCGCACUAUCGAAGACUGUGAGCAGUACCGCCGCUCCAAAUCCGACACCAUGGUGACCAAAAUGAACGCCUGGAGCUUCGCGGCCGAGUAUUUUCGCCUCUUUCGCUACGGGGUGCGCUUCAAGAAGGAGCUGAAGGCGUCUCAGACUGGUCCAAGCGACCAAUUGGACUUCUUGCGAAGAUCGAUGGCGAAAGACGUGGCGUUUAACGCCGAGCAUGACAUCGAUCGGAUGCUAUGGGACUGGAGACAAACUUCCCUUUGGUUCUCGCCCGUAAGUCUAGAGCUUGAUCGCUUGGAAAAAGACGCCGCUGGCUUCCUUGUCGCCACCACGCUAUUCACGGUCUCUAUCUCUGAGCAAACGCUGUACAAUGUGUUUCCUCACCUGUGCAACAGCAACGGCACGAUGUCAGCACUGGCACUAAAACUGCUCGGCCACACAUUUACAAUGCCAAGCUCAACACAUUUUAAGUGGGACGAUACGCUUGGUCGUCUAGUUAGUGUCGUGAGCCAGUCAGAUAUGCUGACACCGUUACUGCUUCAUCUGGGAAGUCUGGAAGACGUGUCGCGAGUAUUCGACAAAGCUCUCGUUACGCCUGACUUCCAGCAUGUGGUCAAAGAACAGUAG